AAGUACCUUGCGUACAAAGGCCAUCACAUCACCUUCCUGCCCUCUCUCUGAUACCAUGUCCGACCAAGCACAAAAAGACGCCCUCACCAUCGCUGAUGCGCAGAUGACCAUCGAGAGCGCCCUCGACCACGCGAAACGCGCAUUCGCGCUCAAAAAAUACGAGCACGCCGUGGACCAUUAUGCCACGGCGCUCGAACUCAUGACCACGAAGCACGGCGAGGACGCGCCGGAGAUGGCCGACGUGUAUUUCGCGUACGGGAAGGCGCUCCUGGAGAACGCGAUCGCGCAGAGCUCGGUGCUGGGCAAGGAGCAGACGGAGGAAGGGCCCGAUGGGACCGAAGCCGAAGAUGCGGCUGCGAAGAAAGGCGCGAUCCUGUCGUUCUCGGGGGACGCGGAGGAUGUCGAAGACGCGGCUGUGGAUCUAUUCGCGGAAGCGUCCAGGGCGGUGGCGGAGGAGGAAAGGGAAGAGGAGGAAGAGGAGGGCGCGGAGGGCGCGGAGCCGGAGGACGACUUCAAUGCUGCGUGGGAGGUGCUCGAUCUCGCACGCACGAUAUACGACAGGCAGAAGGACGAAGACGAGGAGGUGCGGCUGAAGUUGGCCGAUACAUAUAUCACGCUUGGAGAUGUGUCGCUCGAAACCGAGAAAUUCGAACAAGCCAUCACGGACUACACUGCUGCACUCUCCCUCAAAACCGACCUCCUCCCACUCUCCUCACGUCAAAUCGCGGAGGCACACUACAAGCUUAGCAUGGUGCUCGACCUCACGUCCGGGAGGCUGGCCGACGCAAUUAUGCACGCGCAGCGCGCCCUCGAGAGCGUCGACGCUCGACUGUCGGAGUUGAAGGAGGGAUUGACCGGGACCCUGAAGCCUGCGGAAGUGCCUACACCUGCAGAAGAUGUCAAAGUGGAUACCAAAGGAAAGGGCAAGGCAACAGGUGCGAAGUUGGUCAGGGACGACCUGGUGCAGAAUAUGAGCCGGGCCCAGAUCGAGGCCGAGGUGAAGGAUUUAUCGGAGUUGAGAGAGGAUUUAGCACUAAAGGUUGACGAGCUCAAGUCUUCACCAAACGAUAGCCACGCAUCCGCACCAGAACUCGCUGCGCGCGCCCUUGAUGAGGAGUUGCGCGCAGGCUUGACGGGCGCUUCGCUUGCGGGCACGAAGCCGCUCCCCGUGAACGAUCUGACGACGAUGGUCAAGAAAAAGAAGAAAGCGCCAGACGCCAACGGCGCGGAGAAGCGCAAGGCGGACGACGAGAGCAGCAACUCUCCUGCGGAGAAGAAGGCUCGCUUGGAGGACGUCGCUGCUCCGCCUUCAUGAGCUGACACUUCUGAUCGUGCUGUUUGGCCGAUUCACGGUGCACCACCUCAGCGCUCGGGUCUCGAUUUUGUAUCCUUAGUACAGUCUUGUUUGACGAUCUCUACUCCUAUAUAUUUACUUAUGCUAC